AUGAGGAGAAAAUAUCUCCUUCUUUUGAUUUUUGGUUUCAUUUUGGAUAUUACAAAUGUGAAUGGUGAUGAUCGGAAUAGAACAGAAAAGGCGAUUGUAAAACAGCUUAAUCAAGACGAUGAACGACCCACCGAUCAUUCGCUUUUCACUCUUUCACCGACAUUUCAUCCCAUGGGAAAUGGUUCAAAAGAUGGCGAUGGAAAGAAGAGAAUUCUCAUUUCGUAUUUGACUGCUGUAUCGAGAAUACCAGAGAAUAUUCUUGCCGAGUUGCUCAAGAUGAGAACAAGUUCAGCUUCAAGAGAUUCUUCAAAUAGUGAUAGCACUGAAAAGGGGCAUGUGAAAGAAUGGGCGAAAUGUUUUCGUACUGAUUUUGAAGGCUCUAUCAUAUCGGGUGCUUUCCGCGUUGCAAUUGAAGAGAUCAAUGCUGAUCCAUUCAUUUUACCCAAUCACACACUCACUUAUGUUUUUGAGAAUACUUGUGGAAAUGAGAAGAAAAGCACAAAAUUCUUUAUGGAUCAUUGGAAGAGAGGAGCAAAAGCAUUCAUUGGACCAGAAGUUAAUUGCAGAACGGAAGCAACAAUGGCUGCAGCUCAAGAUGUCCCAAUUAUCAGCUACAAAUGCAAAGAUCGAACUGUGUCUGAUAAAGAAAAAUUUCCGACAUUUGCAAGAACAGUACCCGCUGAAACGGAAAUCAUUUCAUCAUUUAUUGCUUUGUUAAAAGCUUUUGGUUGGGCAAAGUUCGGGAUCAUUUAUGAAAAACAUGCUGUACACGAAGAGCUCUUUGAAGCAAUUAAAGUGGUGAUUGGUGAUCGAAUAAAUGAAAAGAAUCAUUUCGAGAUUACGAAUGUGUCAACGGUCGAGAAUUUCAAUGAGUUUAAUUCAAGAAAAGAUCUCGAAACAAUCAUUGAAAGUAUGCGAUUGAAUACAAGAAUUUUUGUCACUUUUGGUAAUGUGAGAUUGUUUCGAACGAUUUUGAUGUUAAUGGGAGAACAAGGGAUGUUGAAAGAUGGCGGAGAGUACAUGUUGAUAUAUCUGGAUCCGGACUACAAUUGGUUGAAUGUGUAUCAUGCGAUGAAUAAUCAUUUCUUGAGAAACACAAUGUUAGAGAUGAACACGUCAUGGGGAUCGGGAAAUGUGCCCGGAGUCGAUACACCGAUGGUCGAUUAUGCGCACAAUGUGAUGGCCAUCAUCCCAACGCCCGUCAAAUUGGACACUCCGCAUUUUAAGAAAUUCUGGAAAUUGGCCAUCGAGUACCUUCAAGAAUUUGGAGUGCAUAAAUCGGCUAUGCAAAAUGACAUCAAAGCGAAUCGCUUUGCUUGUUAUCUUUAUGAUGCUGUGUGGGUUUAUGCAAGAGCUCUCGAUGCACACCUCAAAGAAUCCCCGCCAAACAUUGAAGAACCCGAGGCUGAGGGGUCAAAAAUUGUGAAACGAAUCCUUGGAAGUACCUAUUACAGUAUUCAAGGCUUUGACAUGACUUUCGAUGAUCAAGGGAACGCUCAAGGAAAUUUCUCCAUCCUCACCUACCGGCCAGUCAUCCCCGAUUCAAACGAAAGCUCAACCGAAUAUUACCCAUUGAGCUUUGGGUUAAAUGUUUCGGGGAUGUUCGUGAAAGAUGUGAACGGACGAUCAAAAUUGCACCUUCUGGAAGGAGUGAGCAAUGUACCAAGAGAUGCGCCGGAAUGUGGAUUUCACGGUGAAUUGUGCAACGAUGGGCAUAGUUUCCUCACGCAACUCUCGGUAAUCGUUGUGAUGUUGGGGAUCACAUCUCUCAUCAUCGGAGUUGCAAUGGUUAUUCGAAAUUCAAAGUACGAGAAAGAACUGAAGAUGAUAUGGAAGAUCGACUCAAAGGAUAUCGAAAGGAUUGUUCCAUGCAACGGAAGCACAAAUUCACUCUAUAUUUUUGAUGGAAGGUUAUCAAAUGACUCUUGUGAGGAUAAACGUGGAUCGGGACUUCGAGGAGUAGCACUUUAUAGAGGAAACCUUUGCUGUAUAAAAGAAAUUCGAUAUCGUCGACGUCCAAGAGAAAUCACACGUCAGUUGAGAAUUGAAAUGAAAACGAUGAGACAACUCUGUCAUGACAACAUUAAUGCCUUCAUGGGUAUCAUCGUCGAACCGACUGCUAGUGCCAUUUCGAUCGUCAGGGAAUUUUGCGCCAAAUCGAGCCUCAUGGAUAUUCUUCGCAAUAAAGACCUCAAACUUGAUCAUCUCUUCAUUGCUAGUUUUGUUGAAGAUCUCAUAAAGGGAAUCAUCUACUUACACGAAUCAGAAUUGCGGGUACACGGAAAUCUCAAAUCAACAAAUUGUCUAAUAACGAGUAGAUGGGCUUUACAGGUAGCCGAUUACGGGUUGGCGGAUCUCCGAGAUGGACAACAAUGGGAUAGCGAGGAUCUUUAUUGGGAAUCAUACUUGUGGACGGCUCCUGAAUUGUUACGUCUCAGCGAGUUGCGGUCGGUGGUCAAAGGAACACAGAAAGGAGAUGUCUACUCGUUUGGUAUCAUUCUGCAUGAAAUGCUCACCCGACAAGGACCCUUCCGAUUAAUAGAUUGUCCACAAUAUACGGCUCUUGAAGUGGUUCGACAUGUUUAUGAGGGAACGGGUUUCCGGCCAUCAAUGGAAGGAAUCGAUUGCCAGAAUUACGUGGCCGACAUAAUACGCGCUUGUUGGUCCGAGAAUCCCGACAAUCGACCCGACUUCAAACAUCAAAUACGGAGCCGCCUAAAGCCAAUGUUUGCUGGAAUCUACAAAAGAAACAUUAUGGAUCAUAUGGUUUUGAUGAUGGAACGAUAUCAAACACAAUUGGAAGCACUUGUUGAAGAGAGAACAGCCGAAUUGCGGGAUGAAAAGAGACGAAGCGAAAAUCUCUUGCAGAGAAUGCUACCCAAAUCUGUGGCUCAACAACUGUUGGAAGGAAAUACAGUUGUUCCCGAAUCAUUUCCAUCAGUCACAAUCUACUUUUCGGACAUUGUUGGAUUCACAAAUAUUUCUGGCGAAUCAACACCUAUGCAGGUUGUCACCUUUCUCAACAAACUCUACACCCUUUUCGACAAUAUUAUCAAGCAAUAUGAUGUCUAUAAGGUGGAAACGAUCGGUGAUGCUUACAUGGUGGUGUCUGGGGUUCCUCACUACAAAACUGAAUCAUAUCACGCAGAACACAUCGCCACAAUGGCUCUGCAUCUUCUUUCGGCUGUUCGCAACUUCACGAUUCCACAUCGACCACAAGAUACUCUAAAAUUGCGAAUUGGAUUGCAUACGGGAAGUUGUGUAGCUGGAGUUGUUGGAAAGACGAUGCCAAGAUAUUGUCUAUUUGGUGAUACGGUGAAUACAGCAAGCCGAAUGGAGAGCAAUGGAGAUGCUCUGAAAAUUCAUUGCUCCGAGCAAACGGCAAAAGUACUCGCCAACAUUUAUGGAUUCGUCUUGGAAAAACGGGGAACUCUGAAUAUAAAGGGAAAAGGACCGAUGACAACAUAUUGGUUACAAGGGAGAGAAGGACACGAUUUUGCGGAGAUGUGCGAACAACCAAUAGAAGAUGAGAGAAUUGCGCCAGAGAUCUUCCCAAGAAAUACCCGACAACGGCUCAACUCUUCUUGGGCAUUAAAUCGCGACUCCCAAUUGUCGCUAUCGAGAGAGACAUCAUUCUUGAAACGUCUCGUCGAUCGUGCCACAACUCGGACACCCCUUCAUGAUACGACUCAUUAUUCUACAGCUAACGGAGUUGUUAUGAAUUUACAACACAGUAGACAAAGUGGAUCAAGAAGAAGGAAAAAUACGAUUUUUGAUGGAAAUCCGGCGCUGAGAAAACGAUCCUCUUCUCUACCCGACAAUGAAUUUAUCAUUUGUGCUCACGAGAUGAAUGGCGGUGGAUUAUUCUCCCGUCCACUCCUUUAUUCUCAUAAUAACACUUCAACAGCGCCCGUUUCAUCAGCUUCUUUUGGCUCUCAUGGUAUUCAAGUGUCAUCCACAAAUUGUGGUGCACAUUCAUGUUCAUCUUCUCCUUCUCGUUCGAAUUAUCCAUCAUACAAAGAUUUGACAGAUACUGUUCAACGUAAGAAUGCGGUGGUGCAAAUGUAUGAGACGUCGGCGCACUCAAGCCUAAAACGAUCCCUUUCAAUGGGUGACACAGUGUCGGUGAUUGGAGAUUUAUUCAUCGGUGGAGGUGAUCCACAUGAUUAUUCUGAUUCGAAACCGCUCAUUCGGCCACCAAGAAAAAGGGAAAGAAAGAAAUUGAACGAUUCAUCAAUGAGACAACGCUCAAGAGAUCGAUCAUUAUCUGCGAUGAGAAGAUCAUUACAAACAAGUAUCAAAGAAUCAUCACCAGCAACGUCAAUUACAAGAGUUUGGCGCCGUUUAACUUCAUCAUUUCUUGAUACUCCUCCAUAUAAUGAUUUUGCUGAUAUGGAAGAGACAUCACCACUACCAUUGCAUCGUAAAAGAAACAAUUCCUUGCUGCACGAGAAUUCGAGUUCGUUAUCGAAAAUGAAUGAAGAUAAAGAGAAAUCGAGAUCGAGAGAACAAGAGGAAUUCAUCGAAACAUCGAUGAUUUUAAACGAGAAAAAGGAAAAAGAAGUGAUCGACGGUGAUGAGAUUCCACUUUUAUCCACCAGAAAACACAUCAUUGUU